GAGGCGGGAGGGAGACCGACCACGGGGGAGGGGGAACUCUCUGUCUGCCUGCUGGGGAGGCAAGGGCCUCUUAUGUGAGCGGCCGGACAGGCCUUCAGAAGCCUGCAUUGGAGGAGUUGUGAUCCCAAAAUGUUUAGAAAGCAUCAGAGUGGGGAGAUUGCUUUACAUCUUGAGGAGGCCACUGGCUCUUAUCUCUGAACUGCAACUUUCUUUACCUGGAUGGCCAUAUAAGGUUUAAAAAAAUGUCUUAUGGGGUGAGGCAGGAUACGGCCUCUGAACUGAAGAGUUUUCCUUGCUCCAUUAAGUCACAAAGUAAUCCUCUAUCAAGCCUGUUUGUGGGUGAAACGUAUUGUCAGGAGACACCAGCCCUCUUUUCAGGGAAGUCAGUCCAACAUAAAUCAGCAAUGGUGAGCAGCCAGCCUCUUCCCAUAUCAGAUAAUAACAAAAGGAAAAAGAAAAAGAGGACCAGAGCUACAGACCAUUUUCCUGGAAGGUUUGAAGAUUUGUACAAACUCACUGCGGAGCUGCUUGGGGAAGGCUCCUAUGCCAAGGUACAAGGAGCAGUUAGCUUGCAAAAUGGGAAGGAAUAUGCAGUUAAAAUAAUUGAAAAAAACACUGGACACAGUCGAAGUCGAGUGUUCCGAGAAGUGGAAACAUUGUAUCAAUGUCAGGGUAACAGGAACAUUUUGGAAUUAAUAGAAUUUUUUGAAGAUACUGGAAGGUACUAUCUUGUCUUUGAAAAGUUGCGUGGAGGUUCUAUCCUAGCCCACAUACAAAAGCAAAAGCACUUUAAUGAGAGAGAAGCCAGCAGGGUGGUGAGAGACAUUGCCUCUGCUCUGGAUUUCCUUCACACAAAAGGUAUUGCUCAUCGAGACCUAAAACCUGAAAACAUAUUGUGUGAAUCUCCCACUAAGGUGUCCCCAGUGAGAAUUUGUGACUUUGACCUUGGAAGUGGGGUGAAACUCAACAGUGCAUGUACACCCAUCACCACUCCUGAGCUGACUACUCCAUGUGGUUCUGCCGAGUACAUGGCCCCUGAGGUGGUGGAAGUCUUCACAGAAGAGGCCACAUUCUAUGACAAGCGCUGUGACCUAUGGAGCUUGGGUGUGAUUUUGUAUAUCAUGCUAAGUGGCUAUCCACCAUUUGUGGGGAACUGUGGCACAGGCUGUGGCUGGGACAGGGGAGAAGUCUGCAGUGUUUGUCAGAACAAACUGUUCGAGAGUAUCCAGGAAGGCAAAUACGAAUUCCCCGACAAGGACUGGUCUCAUAUUUCCAGUGAUGCCAAAGAUCUCAUCUCAAAGUUGUUAGUCCGCGAUGCCAAAGAACGGCUCAGUGCUGCUCAGGUUCUACAGCAUCCAUGGGUACAAGGUCAUGCUUCUGAAAGAGGACUGCCUACGCCACAGGUCCUUCAAAGGAACAGCAGCACGAAAGAGCUGACUCUCUUCACUGCAGAGGCUAUUGCCUUAAACCGCCAGCUCUCCCAGCACGAAAAUCAACUCAACGAAGAGCAAGAGGGCAUCAUGCAGGCCAUGUGCUCCAUGAAGCUUUCUCCUCCCUCCAAAUCCCGCCUUGCCAAACGCAGAGCCAUGGCUCAGGCCACAAAAAGCAGUGGCUUCCAACCAGCUCCUCACGCGGCCCUUUGAUGCACAUUUCCCUUUGUCAAGGGUUCGGUUCUGUUUUGUAUCCUGCUUUUAAAAGAGACUCUUUGGUAUCCCGGUGUUUGAAAGGAUUUUAGAAUGAAACUUGUGUUGAAGUAAUUUAAAAGACAGUAUCCUUGGAAGUGCUUUUAUGUAGGCUGAUUUAAAUGAGUUUUUUAGAGAACCUUUGCUGCUGUUACCAUUAUAACAAACCACAUAAGUUGCAUUUGCACAUAGCCAUCUAUAACUAGAAGGAUAAACAUCUGUAGCUGAAAAAGGAGUCUGAACUCACCAGCUCUUGAAGGAUCUUCCAUUACCUGCACAACUCUAGGUCUCUGUUUACGGGAAGUAGAAUAAUUAGUUGUGGCCAUCCUUCAGGUAAUAUUGCUAACCUUUCUUUUUUUUUCUUUUUUCCAUUAUAGCAUAUGAGUUAAAAUGCAAAAAAUAGGAAAGGCUUUGCCUCUUACCUCGGGGAGCUAACUUCUGAUGUUAUAAAUCUAGGGUCUAGACCAGCAUAGAUUUCAGCACAUAUGACUUCAAUAUGUGAAAAGCACCUCACUGCUAAGGUCUGUAGUGGCCCAUGUCAUCCUUUUCUGCCCACAAAAGUCAGGUUUUUGUCACUGAGACAGAGUAUAUCUUAACAUUCUGGUUGCAAAGAUUCAUUUUGGAAUCCGUCUUCUGGAUGCUGAACCAUCCUGUCCUUGGUAAGGCCUUCCUUUUUGCUCAGAUUUCCAGGUCAACAAGUAGGGGAAUUAUAUCUUUAAUUGCUCUAAAUAUUUAGUUCAAUUCUCUACAAAAUAUUUCUUAAAGAAGUGUGCCUUUUCACUGAAGAUCUAGAGAGAGAUGUGUGCAGCAUUGCUUCUUCCCCUGUGUGGGGUCUGCUAGAAAGCUCUUAUCUAAUACUGGUGGACUGUGCAGAAAUGGGAGCUCCAGAAAGCUUUUUGCUACCAGCAUUUAUGCCAAUGGCAUUGUACGAACAGGCAUAAAUAAUAGGAUUUGGGCCAAACCUUUUGAAAUAUAAUAUAUUGCUAUGGAUUGGCUACUCUUGAAAUGUGACCUUGCUUGAGAAUGAUUCACGCUGUAUCACAUGAUUAUUUAAAAUCCCAGCUAUUGAAUUCCAAUUGGGCAUCUUUGGAAAUCCUCCUUCAUGAAAGUAUUAAAACUGUUCACUUCAGGACCUCUGAGUCCUUGUCAAUUAAGAAGAGGAUUUAAAUUUUAUCCGAUUUUCAAAAUCAGUAUUAAUGUUGAAGCAAAGAACAGAACAGAUCCAAUAAAUGGUUAUCCCAAAUCUACCUUGCAGAAUAACUUGACAUUUUGUCUUUAAAUGUAACAUAUAUAUAUAUAUUUACAAUUUUAAAAUAAUUAUUGAACAUACUGGUGAUGAAUGUGAAGAAUGGCUGCUAGAUUUAUGUUGUUUUUUUUAAAAAAUGUACUGUCUGAAGGAUUAUUAAUUGUACUUCAGUUUUUAAGCAUACUUUAAGCUGUUACAGCUCUACCAUACACUUCUUUGCUCAUGGUUUUUAAAAGCUUUGGACAACUCAGGAAAUAAUAUCCCUAGCUAUAUGACACAUAUAUUAAUAUUGUGU